UCCCAAUGAAUGUAUUUGGCAGCUCGCUGUCCCUGUCAGCACAGGAUCCCAGCGGAAACCAGAGCUGGGAGGGCUCUUCCUGCCCGGGGGAGGCUUCCCAGGAGUGCGAGGGAUUUACUAAUCGCCACCUUUCACUCCCCCAUCCCUCGCUGUGUCCCACUGAAGGCCAUGUACAGUGGCAAGCUGCAGACAGGUCUGCUGGUGGCUGGCUACUUUGUGUACCUGCUGGUGGGUGCCGCCGUGUUCCAGGCGCUGGAGAGGACUGCGGAGAAGCGGGAGAAAAUGGCAGCUGCCCAGAUGAAGGAGGCUUUUCUGCAGAGCUUCAGGCAGCUCACGGUGGUGGAGAUGGAGCAGUUCAUGAGGAACCUGACUGAAGCCAUUCAAAAUGGAGUAUACCCUGUUGGAAAUGAAUCACAGUUUGAAGAGAGCAACUGGGAUUUCAGUAACUCCUUCUUCUUUGCAGGCACAGUUGUCUCCACAAUAGGCUAUGGCACCUUGCAUCCUAGAACUGUUGGGGGACAGAUCUUCUGUGUGUUUUUUGCUCUGUUUGGAAUCCCUCUCAACAUUGUUUUUCUGCACCGUGUCGGUAAGAUGCUCUCACUGCUGUGUAAAAAGCUGGGGAAAUUCCUGUACGAGAAAGGAAUGAGGAAGAAGAAGAUCAAAUUUCUGACCCUUUUGUUCUUCCUGGCAACGGGGAUCCUAGUUUUUCUGUGCUUGCCAUCAGUCUUCUUCCAGAUAACAGAGGGCUGGUCCUACAGCGAAGGAAUUUACUUUGCAUUUAUCACCCUCAGCACCAUUGGCUUUGGAGAUUAUGUAGUAGGCAAACAGUCUGGCAGGAAAUACUUUUCCUACUACCGAGUGCUGGUGGCCAUUUGGAUUCUUUUUGGCCUCGCCUGGAUUGCUCUGCUGUUUAAUUUAUUGACAACGGUACUUGAAGACACUGAAAAAAUAAUUGUCAAGGAUCUCCAGCAAAUUGGAAAGGUGAGUAAGGACAAUGUAGCAAGCCAGCAAAGAAGAUGCUGGCCUGUUCAGUUUAUUCCAGAAGAAGAACUACCACCACCAUGUGCUGGAGGGGAUGCACAGAAAAUGGAGCCAUUAACAGCAGACUCUGACCACACAGAAAAUGAAAAAAAUUAGUUUUCUAAUAGAACAACUAUUGCCAUAACAUGUAAGAGUUGAAUUCUUCAGUGGAGAGUUGAUAAUUAUUCUAAAGAAAAUCCCAUGGAAAUAAAGUUUUCCUACCUUUUGCUGAGAUACGACUUUUUAGAACUCAAGACUCAAAGUUGCACAAAGCCUGAGUAUUAAUGGUAAGAAAUUUGCUCCUCGAUUUGCAGCUGGGUUGUGCUAACAACCUAAGGAGUGCACUUGCUUUGCAAUGUGUUUUUAAGGUGCUUUCACAAAAAAUGCAGAGGAGGGGCACGGUGGAGCUUGCUGGCUCUAUUUGGAUUUUGCUGCUUGCAAGAAAUCAUGUCUCUUCCAGGAACUGGCAUGCACAAGCUUUUCUGAGGCAUUGCAUAGCACUUUUGGAAGAAGAAAUAAGGGUAUAUAACUGAAUAGAUGCCUGAUUUGAGCCAUCGUAUUGGAUAAAGUGUUGUGGUCUGAGAGACGUGUUUGAAUAGCAAGACCUGGGCUCAGUUCAGAGACAUCAGAAGCAUCUAAUGGACAGGGUUAUGAAAAGGUUAGCAUGGUAGACAUGAUUCAUUCUACCUCUUCCUGGUUUAUACUAGGUUGAAU